AUAUUAUCUUGAUCAAUACAAAAAACCUGACUCAAUGACAGGCAUGCUAAAGUUACCUUUAUAUUAUUAUAACAUAUUCAUGAACCUGUCUUUUUUUGUUCUUGUGUUUGUUUCUGACACAAAUGUUUUGGUGAAUGGUAGAUUCUGUCAUGAAAAAAAAGUGAACAUGGUUUCUUUCUUAUUUUGAAAAAAACCACUUGAGAACUGUUGUUAUCAAUAUCUAUCCAUUACUUCAAUCUUGUUUGUUUUGUUCAAUGAAGAUGUUUAGAGGAGAAGUUUUUCUAUGUUUUGUUACAUUGUUCAUGUUUUGGAGUUGUGCAAAUGCUUUGCUUUCUCCUAAGGGAAUUAACUUUGAAGUGCAAGCUUUAGUGAGUAUAAAAGAAUCAUUAAUGGAUCCUCAUGGAAUUUUUGAAAAUUGGGAUGGUGAUGCUGUUGAUCCAUGUAGUUGGAAUAUGGUUACUUGUUCUCCUGAGAAUCUUGUUGUUAGUUUGGGCAUUCCUAGUCAAAAUUUAUCUGGUACAUUAUCUUCAAGCAUAGGAAACUUAACCAAUCUUCAAACAGUUGUGUUACAGAAUAACAACAUAACUGGACCAAUACCUUCAGAGCUAGGAAAACUUUCCAUGCUUCAAACACUUGACCUCUCUGAUAACCUCUUCCAUGGAAAAAUUCCUCCUUCUCUUGGUCAUCUGAGAAACCUUCAGUACUUGAGGCUUAACAAUAACAGUUUCUCUGGUGAAUGUCCUGAGUCACUUGCUAACAUGGCACAACUUGCUUUUCUUGAUUUAUCAUUCAACAAUCUUACUGGUAAUGUGCCUAGAAUUUUGGCGAAAUCAUUCAGUAUUGUUGGAAACCCUCUGGUAUGUGCAACAGAGAAACAAACAAACUGCCAUGGCAUGAAACUCAUGCCUAUGUCAAUGAACUUAAACAAUACUAACUAUGCAUUACCAUCAAGAAGAACAAAAGCUCACAAAAUGGCCAUUGUCUUUGGUUUAAGUCUUGGAUGCCUUUGUUUGUUAGUCCUUGGUUUUGGAUUUAUACUUUGGAGGAGACACAAACAUAAUCAACAAGCAUUCUUUGAUGUUAAAGACCGAAAUCACGAAGAAGUCUACCUAGGAAACUUGAAGAGGUUUCCAUUAAGAGAACUCCAGAUUGCUACUCACAACUUCAGCAACAAGAACAUAUUGGGAAAAGGAGGUUUUGGAAAUGUCUACAAAGGAAUUCUUUCAGAUGGCACACUUGUUGCCGUAAAGAGGCUCAAAGACGGCAAUGCGAAGGGAGGAGAGAUACAAUUUCAGACUGAAGUUGAAAUGAUCAGCUUGGCAGUGCAUCGAAACCUUCUCAAAUUGUAUGGAUUUUGUAUGACAACAUCAGAAAGACUUUUAGUUUACCCCUACAUGUCCAAUGGAAGCGUCGCUUCGCGUCUGAAGGCUAAACCAGUGUUGGAUUGGGGGACAAGGAAGCAAAUUGCAUUAGGAGCAGCAAGAGGACUAUUAUACCUUCAUGAGCAAUGUGAUCCAAAGAUAAUCCAUAGAGAUGUGAAAGCUGCAAAUAUAUUACUUGAUGAUUAUUGUGAAGCAAUAGUUGGUGAUUUUGGUUUGGCAAAGCUUUUAGACCACAAAGAUUCACAUGUAACAACUGCAGUGAGGGGGACAGUAGGGCAUAUAGCUCCUGAGUAUCUUUCCACAGGACAAUCUUCUGAAAAGACUGAUGUUUUUGGAUUUGGCAUUUUGCUUCUUGAAUUGAUCACAGGUUUGAGGGCCCUUGAAUUUGGAAAAGCAGCCAACCAAAAAGGAGUCAUGCUUGAUUGGGUGAAGAAAAUUCAUCAAGAGAAGAAGCUAGACUUGCUUGUAGACAAGGAUCUCAAGAACAACUAUGACAAGAAUGAGCUGGAGGAAAUUGUUCAGGUUGCACUCUUGUGUACACAAUAUCUUCCAGCCCACAGACCGAAAAUGUCCGAAGUCGUACGCAUGCUUGAAGGCGACGGUCUUGCCGAAAAAUGGGAAGCUUCUCAAAGAGCGGAUAACACUACCAAGGGCAAACCGUAUGAAUUAUCUUCAUCAGAUCGAUUUUCUGAUCUUACCGAUGAUUCUUCUUUGUUAAUCCAAGCCAUGGAGCUUUCUGGUCCAAGGUGAAAUUUUCCUAGACAUUUUUUUUUUUAGUUUAAUAGAUUUUUGUUUUUAUUAUUCUGUUUUCUAGUUUUCUAAAUAGGUUUCUAUAGAAAGUAUAUGAAAUUUAAGAUCAUGUGAUAGUUGGUUCCAUUUAGAUAAUCCAUGAGGGUUAUAUGUUGUAUGAUAGAAGUGUUCCAAAGCUGAAAAAGGCUGCUGGUUUUUGCAAAUGUAUAUAUACUUAUUUGUUGAACUUGAAUUUGUAAUGCAUAUAUUUGUAACAUUAAAAGUAAAUGAAGACCUUUACUAGGUUUUUUUU